AUGAAGGCGACCAAAUACCUCACCCUCGGCAUCUUCUCCUCCUACUUGCAGGGCUUAUCCCGUGCCGACGACCCGAAGCAGACGUUGAAACAGAAGAGUUUCGAUAGCGUGAGGUGUCCGUGGCAUUACCUCCGCCACAACUUCUAUUAUUCCCCCUCUGCCAACAAGAAGUAUGGCUACGAACUCGUCGCUACUUGCAGUAAUGAUAAUUCCGAUCCCACAAUAUCGUAUAUAACCAACGUUUUGGAUCUUGACAGAUGCCUCACCAACAAGAAGGGCGCCCUUGCGCUGCGUCCAUCGGAUGACUUAAACGGCUUCUCCCAGACCUGCCGGAGCUGCGGCAUCAUAAACAUGGGACCUACCAUGGACGCCCCCGAUGAAUCAAAGCCCGUCCUAACGUGUCAAUGCGGCCUCGACGAUCCCUCCCUUCCCGCGAAGGAUUCGUCUUUCUAUUUCGAAUGGGGAAUUUGGAUCGACCCGAAGGGCGUUAUAAGCUGUCUCAACGGCGACGCCGAGGUGCUGCCGUACUCGAACUCGAGCACGCCGAAGAUGAUCCCGCCGAACCUAGCAGCGGCAGCGGCAGCGGGAGCGCCGUCCACGGUGACGACCACGUCCACCGUGGUGCACAACAACACCAUCACCGUCUCGGUCUCGGCUUCAUCAUGGAGUAACGUCACGGCCGUGAGCACCGCGAUGGCAACUACAACCGCCACCGCCACCGCUACCGCAACUGCUACUCUGGUCAGCACCGUCCAGGCGUCUUGCCCGUCGCAGGCCCCCGUCACGGUGACGAAAACCAAGAGGAAGAAGGCGAAGACGGUGACGACGACCACGACGACGACCACGACGACGACCACGACGUCUAUAAGCACCAGUCUCGUUAAGUAUCUCGUGGGGACCUCGGCCGGGGGCAAUGGUCUUGCGGGGCGGGAAGCGUCCCAGACACCUGAGCCUAGUUGGGAGGAGGAAAGCGGCAUGUAG